AAUUAAAUCGGGCUCGGUAGUCAAAUAACGCAUGUUGACAGAAAACAACUUGCAGCCGGUGGUCACGGGAAGUUAAAUCAGCGGAGUUAUGUGAAGGAACCGUAACAUACAAGAUACCAAAUAUGCUGUCGAGGAACCUAUUGUCAAGACCAUUAAUUCUCUCUAUACAGCCAAAAAGCACUAAUGUUCUGUAUAUUCCUCAUCAAAAUGACCAGAAUAGACAGAAUGCAGUUUGCAUUAGGAGAUACAAUUCAUUUGUUGAAAGUGUAAAGAAUGUGUUUCACAGAGGGAAAACUAUUUACUUGAAGUUUCUAGAAAAGCGUUUCCCCACACUCUACGGUUACCAGAUGCAGAUACUAAAUGGUGCACUGGGUCUUAAAAGAGAUGCAUUUAUAUGGGCCAGAAUGGUUGGAGAAAUGAAAACUGGUAAAAGACUGAGUUCAUACAGUAAAACACAACUCAUGGCUUACCUAGAGAUAUCACAACAGAAGAUCAAAGCAGUUCCAAUAGUAUUCAUCACUAUGUUGCCAUUCAGUGUGAUGUUUUUACCUCUUUUAUUUAAUUGGCCUGGUAUUUUCCUGACUUCUCACUUUAUGUCCGAGGCCCAGCGAACGAGUGUGGAGCUAGAUAAACUGGAACACAAGUUGAUUUACUGUGAGCGAGUGUUGGACGAUUUUGCUUUAAAAGUUGAAAAAUUGCCUACCCAUACACGUGCCAGGAAAGCUGCGGAGGAAAUCAUAAAUAAGAUGAAUGAUGGAACUAGCAUUCGCCCAAAUGAAGUUAUUAGCAUUGCAGAAAUGUUUGAAGACAGACGAUAUAGUAUGCACAAUAUACCAUAUAGAUACAGAAUGCAUCUAGCACACUGUAAUGAACUUAGGAUCAAGAACAUGACAAAAGAUUCUCAAAUCCAGUUCCUCAUCAACAAAGCAAUGGCCACAAGUGCACCAUCAGCAUUAACCGACUCCGAACUGAAAUGGGUUUGCUUUAAACAUGGAGUAAAUCCAACUCUGAUGACUAGAAGUGAACAGUUGAACUUUUUGAACAGAUGGAAUGAAUUUUCUAAGUUUAUUAAUGAGACCCAUAUUCCUUUACUGCUUCAUGGUGUUGUGUUCCUUGGUUACAAUCACCCAAGUAACAGGAAAAUGAAAGAAAAACUAAAGCUCAAAUGGAAACGGAAAUCCUGAAUCUAAUUAAUUGCCUUAAAUUUUUUCAAAAAUUGUUUUUCCAUUAAGUGGACAAAUGCUACAUGUACAAGUACUAGUUUCUAGUUGGUUUUGCAGACAAGCAUAAGAACUUUGUGUGUAUAAACAGUUCAAGCAACGUUCAUUUUCUCUUUUCUUAAGGAGUCUGGUUGUAAACAAUGGGUACAGACUUUGACCAUAUACAUGUAGCUUAUUAAAUUUACUUUAGGUAUCUCAGUUAAUAUCUUGUCACAAUAGAUAUCAGACUUGGAUUUAGAGGGAGGUGAAAGGAGGUCCAAAACAAUUAUCCACAUCAGUUAAUUCUUUGGACAACCCCUUCCCCUCCCUCCAGGGGGAAAAAUUUUCUAGAUCCACACAAUCAUCACUAAUAAUUGGUUCCAUUUCCAUUCUAUACACAUCAGAAUAUAGAGGAAAUACAUUGACUUUCACUUUAAUUGAGGAGUAAUAUGUAGCUUUGACCAUCUUGUCUCCUUAACAGCUUGUUUUUUUUUUUUUUACCGUAAUGUCUCGUGUAUAAUACGCACUCGUGUAUAAUACGCACCCCCAAAGUUGACCAAAAAAUGGCGAAAAAACAGCAGGUCCUAUGUAUAACACGCACCCAAAAAAUGGUAAAAACAACGGCCGCCAUUUUCCCCCAAACUAUCGAUGUUUCAUGUUAAUUUUAUAAUCCAUGCGCAAUUUCUUUCAUUUUGAGAUCGGAACAUAGCACAGACGAUGAAAAUCGACGGCCGCCAUUUUCCCAAAUAACUAUCGAUGUUUAAUGAUGAUUUUUUAACCCAAGCGUAAUUACUGUAAUUUCGUGAUCGGAACAUGGCCUAAGCGAAAUUAGAGUCAAAGUUCUUACACUUUUAAUUAAAAAGGACGGUACGAUUUACAUGGGCGGUAUCAAAUAUCAUUUGACACUUCGUAAAGAGUUUCUUACAACAUCGGAGAAGUAGAAGAUCAUCAUACGUAGAGAAGAACGGCAACCGAGCUUAGUGCUUAAAAGUGAUAAUGUUUGCAGACAUAAACCAGAAAUUAUUUAAUUGAUUAAUUAUAGUCAAACCCUAUGAUUGUUGUUUAAAUAAACAUUGUGAAGAAACGUUCGUAUGUCGUAUAUCGUCAUUAUCAAGUCGUACAAAUG